AGGGGAGAGGCCAGAGAGUGGAGAGGUGAGCUCUGGGUUAUGAGCUGGUGUUUAUUAACUUAUUUUUACAGCUCUGAAGGAUUGUGAACAAGUGUGAGCAGGAAAGAGACUUUCUCCUGUCUAACCAGUUUCUCCAGUUUUUCUCUUAUCUCGCAAGAAAGACGGAGCAGGUAGUAUAGAGUUAAGCUUUUGGAUUUGUAACACACAAAAAGGGGGAUUGUUGUAGAUUAAUUAUCUUUUGCUGAAGGACAGUGGUUGGCUCAGUUUUGUUUGACCACUGUUUUUGCUGGGUUAGGGGAUCGUGCAGAGACUCCGCCAGGAUCUCAUUGGAUAUAUUUGCAGAGAAGGAUGAGCAGUUUUCUGUACUUCAUCCUCCCGGCUCUGGGUGGAUACACUCUCACCUCGGUGUACCUGCUGAAGAACCCCCACAUUCUCCACAAGAGGAAACGCACUGCUUUUUACUGCAAACACAUCUCACACAGAGGAGGAUGUGGAGAGAGGAUAGAGAGCACGAUGGAAGCAUUCACAAAUGCGGUGGAGCAAGGCACACAGAUGCUGGAGAUGGACUGUCACUUGACACGCGAUGGAUAUGUGGUAGUGUCACAUGAUGAGAAUCUGCUGAGGCAGACCGGCCACGAUGUCACCACCUCAUCACUCAAUCUACAGGAUUUACCUCUGUAUAAAGAGAAAUUAGAGGUGACAUUUUAUACAGGUCGCUACAGCAACGGUCCAGACAGGAAAUUUGCUCUGCUGGAGGAUGUGUUCAGGAAGUUCCCUAAGUUGCCUGUCAGCAUUGAGAUCAAAGAAAACAACAAGCAGCUGAUAAAAAAGGUGUCCGACUUGGUGAGAUGCUACAACAGGGAGGAGAUCACUGUCUGGGCCUCUGUGAACUCCCCCAUCAUGAUGGAAUGCCGCAGAACGAACGCCUCCAUGCCGUACAGUUUCUCUGUGAACCGAGGUCUGCUGCUUCUGUUCCUCUUCUACAGCGGCCUGCUGCCCUUUGUGCCCCUGGGAGAGAGUUUGCUGCAGUUCUACCUGCCGCGCAUCUUCAACAGGACGUACAUUCCUGAGGAGCGCAUCCUGAGGAACAAGCUGGUCAUCUAUUUGUUAGAAAAAGUAACAAUGAGGAAGAGUCUUUUUAAGCACCUCGCAGCCCGUGGAAUUCAGGUGCAUCUGUUUGUGUGCAAUGAAGAUGAAGACAUAAAGGCUGCAUUUGAAGUUGGGGCCACAGGGGUAAUGAGUGACUACCCGGCACUUCUGUCAAGCUACCUCUGCAGAAACAGAAGUCAGGAUUGACCCCAAACACAUCCUCACAACUUGUAACUGGCAGCUUUCUUAUGGAUUGUGGACUGUGUAAAGAAAAGACUGUGAGGAAAAAGUGUGAAGAAGAAGUGUGAAAACCGUUUCUGUGACAACAUUGGAUGACGAGUUGUUGGUGCAGUGGGAAUAAAAUAAUUAUUAAUUUCUUUCAUUUGAAUCACUGAUGAUAGAAUUAUCUGCAAUCAUGUAAUUUCUACUGCCUCUUCCCCACAUUCUGCCAGACACAGCCCAGAGUUUAAAGGUCCCAUGACAUGGUGCUCUUUGGAUGCUUUUGUAUAGACCUUAGUUAUCCCCUAAUACUGGAUCUGAAGUCUCUUUCCCGAAAUUCAGCCCUAGUGCAGAAUUACAGCCACUAGAGCCAGUCCCACAAUGAGCUUUCCUUAGUAUGUGCUAUUUCUGAGUCUGUAGGUUUUGAGGAGGAGAGAGGGGGGGGCAAGGUGGAGCCUGGGGGUGUGGCCUUGGCCAACUGCCAAUUUGCUCGUUUGAAAGCCAUGAUUUCUCUUUCUCAUGGUUGGGCCAAAUUCUCUGGACAGGCAAGUGGAGAAAGGGGCGGUAACCUUGUCCCUUAUGACCUCUUGGCCCCUUAUGACCUCAUAAGGUCUGUCAGUCAGGGUGUAACAAAAUAUACACACAGCUAUGUUGUUAGAGUGGACUAUUGUUAUGUUUAUGUCAAUGUGAGAACUUCUUAUUGAUUUUGUCUUAUGUUUUACUGUAUGUGCAUGUGGUAUAGUGAAUUGUGCAAUAAUGCAUGUAAGUGUGACCAGAGGAAUGUGUAGGUAUGUGUGAAAAAGGAGCAGGAGAGAGGGGAAAGAAUAUAAAGAAAUAAAUAACAAUUUAUGGAAAAACCAACAUAAAAAAACAUUUUAAAAAAGAAGAAAAAGUGGAGAAAAAGAAAAUGCAUAUACUGAGUACAGAACUCCACUACUUUUUUUCCCCUUGUAAUUAGUUUUCUUAUCUUUAUCUUUGGGUGCCAUUGUGUUGGGCUGCCCCCAGACCAAGGAGGGAGUUGGUCCAAUACAGGUCACUCCCCACAUUGGGCUACCUCCAGACCCUCUGGGAGUCAGUGUGUAUAAUGGAGGAAGUGUAGCUUCCAAGCCUCCUUGUUUUUUUUUUGUUUUUUUUUGAAGGGUUGCCAAUUUGAUGUGUCUUAUCAUUCCAAUCAUAUUUGGUGAUGAUGACAUCUAAUGCUUGAAUCCAGGUGACGGUGGGUUUAAUUGGUAAGAGAUUAUUUCUUUCAGGGAGCAUUAUCCGUAGCUAUUCUGCCUGUAACACCUCAGUAAGCAGUUUUAGACUUACUCACUACAUAUGUAAUUCAACCAGUGUGUACGGGCUGCUGCAUGUUAAUUUGUAGUGGAAAGAUAGUAGGUUUGGUCCAGCUUAUAGACCAAUUGGAAAUUUGGACGAUUCUCCUAAACCAAAUUUACAUAUGGCAAAUAGAAAUUUCCAAAAUAUCUAAACAAGGGUGUUUCUGCAUCAAGGAACACAAUGGGUUUGCUGGAGAGAAAACUGAACAGUUUGUUGGUAGUGCAGAGUUUUAUUUUUUUUACACCCAUCAGUUUGAUAAAAAAAAGUAGUGCUAGGAUUGAGCAGUCUUUGUAGCUGGAGUAAAUAUUUAACCAGCUGGACCAUGUCACCUGACAACUCAUGAUAAGAGAGUAAACAUGACUGUUUUGAUUGUGUCUGAUGUUAUUUUUUGACAUAAUUUGAUUGGUUUGAAUAAGUGCUGAACUUUAGAUAUAAAGUCUGCAAAAAUUCA